AUGAAAGCCGCAAAAGACAAACCUAACUUUCUUAGUGACUGGUUCGUGUCUAGAAUCGAUCACAGUACUCAGGACCCCAACGUUGGGUUCGUUGAAACUCUGUAUCAAACAUGCUCAGCGGCACUUAUCUACCUGUGGAAAUCACAAUUUCGAUCGAAUCCGUCUACCUUGCACAAACGGACUCUGCAAAGAGAUGUCGAGAGCCUUCGAUUAUGGGCAGAGAAUUUCCCAUCUGAACACCUUGACGAGAUUCUGGGCGAAUCAAGCGACUUGAAGAUCAACGUGCUCGAGAACUUGACUGGCAUCGGCAAAAUUCUUGUUCCGUAUUUCGUGGAUUGCGAGGAGACCAGAAAGGGCCGACGUAAAGAGAAAAAUCUCACAACCACCCUUACACAAGAGCUUGAGACGCAGUUGGAGAAAGCAAUGCUAACGCUCAGCGCCGAAGAAAGAUCCGACUCAUCUUCCGAUGACGAGAUUUCCGAUGAUUCAUCGUCACCCACUGAGCGUCAAGAGAAUCGACUUGGGCGCCUUCACUGCUACAUAAGCUGCUUGGUGGAUCUUGCACCAGUGAUUGAGAAAAAUGUCUCCUGUUUGUAUCGUAAGGUGGAAACGCAGCCUCUUCCCACUGAGAAUAUGUUCCGGCUAUCUCACGAAGCUCAGCCGUACGCUAUGCGUAUUCGAGAUAGGUUUGUGAAUGCAUCAAUUCACCUUAUAGAGCGGCUGGCAGAGGCAAAUUGGGAAAGGUCCAUUCGCAUUCGAGCGCAACAAGAAGAGGGGGAAGGACUACUGGCAGUACGGGACGCCCAGACAUUUUUCAAGCCCUAUUCCAUCUUUCAUGAUUCUGGAAUUGGAAGUUCCAUUCCCACAGUCUCACAGUAUGCUGCCACCGUUGCUUCUCAUACUUCCUUCCUCUCGAUUGCUGGGGAAGAUGCCCAUGGCCGACCCCGAGUGCCUCCCCUUUCACAGGAAUACACGCGGCCGUUUGAAUGCGACUACUGUGGGAGAACUGUAUCCAUGCGAAAUCGAAUUGAGUGGAAAAUGCAUGUUUUCGCCGACUUGCAGUCAUAUUUAUGCACACACGAAGAUUGCAGAGACGCUCUGAAAACAUUUCCAACCCGUAAGCUAUGGGUAGAUCACGAAUUCAAUGAACAUUUUACUCGUCAGCAAUGGCGCUGCUUUACCUGCGGGACGACCACCAGCACACAACAGUCGUUUGUGGUCCAUCUGACCAAUGACCACAAUAUUGUACUGACGGGGCAUCGUUUAACGGCCGCUAUCGCAGAAGCUCAAGAGACAGACUUGACACCAGAAUUCAUGAAUCACAAGUGUGCAUUGUGCUCACAGAGUGGUUGGCAGACUAAGAAGGCAUAUGCAACUCACGUUGGACAGCAUCUGGAGGAAAUUUCAUUGGCAUGUCUGCCGAGAGAUGAAGGCGACAGUAGUGAUGAUGCCUCGGAUACCGACACAUCGAGUGCUACGACACAAAUUUAUGUGGUUCGUCCUGAUCGAAGCGAGAAUCAUGACAUCGACCCCAGUUCCGAGGUUCAAAACAUUCAAUCUUCGGACCCCUUGCCACGCACGUAUCCAGCCCGAGGGAGACAAGUUUCACCCUAUGUUGACCCACCCCCAGUCGAUCUAUCAGACAAUUUGCGUCGUUACCGGCGAAUUGUUCCGAAGAAAAAUGUGUCUAUUUCUCGACCAUUAGCAGCGUCAGCCUCGCUUCCUAUGUCCAGUGAUGCAACGGCCAUAAAUGACCAGGUCAACGAGCCAGUAUUGCCUGUGGCGCAUGAUAUUCAAACUUCGACCAUAGACAAUACAGCGAUCUUACAUGAGCCCGCAGCCACAAGCUCAACAUCAAAAAGACCUACGAGCUACUGGUCCGUGGAUGAGCAGCAGAUUUUUCCGCAGCUGCUGGCUCAGUUUGGUCUAGACUUUGAGGGUAUCGCAAAUUCAAUGAAGAGGAAAACCCCUCAAAUGGUCCGGAACUACUAUCAGAGACUUGAGAAACGAAAAUUUGAGGACAGGAUCGCAGACAUGGAAAUAGAAAAAGCACGCAGGUCUCCCGAUUUUUUGCACGAAUCCGAGGAUGAUUUCACUGGUCCGUUUCAUCCGGCAGAUGAGUCUAUCUAUACUCGGGCCUCAAAUGUCUACCAUCCGCACUACCGUGAUCAGCAGACAUCAAGUUCCAGUAUGAGGGGGUAUCAACAACGAUCAGUACAGCCCCCAACCAUUGGUUCCGAAGCUCAGCCCUCGUUGGCACCCAUUGGACAGGAUUAUAUAGAUCCCAGCAAGCUUCGAGAAGGAGGGCUUUCAGUGAAAGAGUGGUAUGCAAUUCAUGAUCCAUCGAAACCUGUACCAGUCGAGCCUCGGCUCGAUCUCGGGAACCAGGAAGAAGCAUUGCUCUACAGGAAUUCUGGUCAGCAACAGCACCAGCACUCGGGAUAUCAACGACAACUCCCGGCAACUGGGGUCAGUGUGGGAGAUAGUGUUCUCAUAUCAUUUCUAGCACCAGAGGUUCCUGAAAUCAACUACGAUCCUACACCGCAGGCCCCAGCUUCCGGAUCUCGGCUAUCGUUCUCCAAGGAUGACAAGGAACCAAUGUCUUCGUUUGAACCAACAACUCCACCAGAGUACACGAAUCCAAGCUCCAGCGUUCUUGACAGGUAGACCCGCCUACUACCUAUUGGAAGUACCGCAAGUAGGGAUGUGGAUUUGAAAUUUCACACUUUUCUUUUGAUCUUUCUGAAAUAUAGAUUUUUUGACUGAAAUUUCAAGAAUGG